UGUGAAAUGUUCCGUGCUUUUUCUUCUUCUUCUUUUGAUAUCUGGAGCAUAGAGUGAUGUUGCCAUGGCAGCGCGCUGGACGUGGGGAGUGUCUCCGACGGUCUGAGGGCUUUCCAAAUAGGUUUGCAUAUGUUCUGCUUGCGCUUGCUGUGCUUACCAAGUGCAGCUAUGCGUGGCAGAGCCCUCCUGUGUUGGUCCGAAGAAAUCCAAAAUGUCUCGUGCAAGCUGCUGCGGAGGCUGUCGAGGUGCCCAAAAGCAAGAGCAAAGCCGGAGCGUUUGGGAUUGGUGCAUUGGCCGGAGGUUUAGGCGGUGCUCUGGGUUUGGGCGGUGGCUUUCUGGUGGUUCCCGCCUUGAACUCGUUGAUGAACAUGGAGCCGCGGAAGUCCAUCGGGACGAGCUCCUUUGUGGUUUUGGCAACCAGCUGCUCAGCGGUUUGCAGCUAUCUUCAUGAGGGCUUAGCGUCACUUCGUGCUGCUGGUGCAAUUGCCGCCACGGCCAUCUUCAGUGCACGUUUGGGAGCUUCACUUACAAGCAAAGUGAAACCCAAAACCCUGAAGAAAGGCUUUGGGGCCUGGCUUCUUCUGGUAAGCGCGAUCAUUUUGGCGAAAGCUUUCCGCUUGAUGCCUGUCACGACUUCGCUUCCACACGCGGGUAGCUCCACGGCAUUGCUGCCUCUAAUGUUGCUGGGAGUUUUCAGUGGCCUGAUCUCUGGACUCCUUGGUGUCGGAGGUGGCACUGUUCUGGUGCCGGUGCUCGCCUUGCUGUUCUCCUUUCCCCAAUCUGAAGCGCAAGGAAGUGCUUUACUGGCAAUGCUUCUUCCAUCAGUGGUGAGCACCACAACGCAUUGGUCCAAAGGCAACGUCGACCGAGCUGUGGUGGGUUUCGCUGUGCUCGGCGCCGUGCUGGGCGGCUUCAGCGGGGGCUCGGUGGCUGCCGUCCUCCCGGAGCGUGCCUUGCGGAUGGUCUUCGGCUGCGUGCUGUCGCUGGUGGCGGUAAAGUAUAUGAGAUCCUAAUCCAACUAAAACUGACCAUUCCAAGCUUUAAAUCCUCGAAAAGAGGGAUGAAUGGAGAGAAAUCCAGAAUUUGACGUGGAGACGUUCUUGUGAGAUGGCAGCUGCUGCUCCGCAAUUCGGAUUGCGGCAGAAGUAAGGCCUUAGUUUUCAGGAUGCUUAGCAGCUGAACGCGAGCAAUCUCACAAGACGAGGUAGAGCAGA